ACUCCACUGCUGACUACGACGACUAAAUACUAACAAUAAUUUAACUUUUUUCAAAAAAUUCCAAAUCUCUCUCUCUCUCUUCCGAUUCAAUCGACAUUCAUCCUCCUCCUCCUCUGCUCUGUAACGCACUGGAAAACAGAGACUCCAUAGAGCGAACUGCGAUCAGAGCCGGCGAACCCUAAUCCGAUCAACCAGCUGAUCGGCAUCGGCAAAACAAAAAGCACUCCGAUCAGGUGCACAACUGCGGACUGCUAGAGGGUUUUUAUUAAUAAAAUACCUAAAUUCAUAUUCUAAUGGAAGCUGAGACCCAAGUAAACCACGACGUGCCAAUCUCUAAGAUUGCUGGGGAAAAAGGCAUUGAAGCCGACCAUAUUAAGGUGACAGAGGUGGGUUUUAACCUGACCGACAACGGAGGAAAGAAGCAAGAAGAAGACACUACUUUUGAUGGCGAGUUCAUAAAAGUAGAGAAGGAAAACUUUGAACCAAAGGAGGCAGCAAAUGCUGAUACGGACAACGUAGAUUCUCCAGAAGAUGACGUGCCAUCUGGAGUCACCGAAAGAAGCUUGGAAAUUUCGUCUCAAAGCAGAGAAUUUCUGGAGUCACAAGAAAAGGUUAGAGAUCUUGAGGUGGAAUUGGAAAGAGUCACAAGAUCAUUGAAGGAUUCUGAUUCCCAAAAGGCGCAAUUGAAUGAGGAACUCUCUACCACUAAAGAGAAACUGGGGGAGGUCAUAAAGAAAUAUGAAGAGCUUGAAGUUGAUCAUAACAAGUUGAAAGAACAGAUUACAGAUUCAGAGGGUAGAUAUAGUUCCCAGCUCAGUGCUUUGCAGGAUGCCGUACGUGCACAAGAAGCGAAGCUUGAGGAACAUGCGAGUGUCAAGGAAGCACUUGACAGACUUACCCUUGAGUUUGAAAGCUCAAGAAAGAAGAGAGAAGAGCUUGAGCAGGAGCUUCAAGCUACUACUGGAGAGGUCCAGAAGCUUGAGGAGUUGCACAAGCAAAGUGGUUUGCUUGUUGAGUCGGAAACAAAUCGGGCCUUGGAGUUUGAGAGGUUGCUUGAUCUCACAAAAGCAAGUGCAAAAGAUACAGAAGACCAGAUGGCUUCUUUGCAGGCAGAUGUCAAAGUCCUCAAUGAGAAGAUUGCAGAAAGUGAGAAGGUUGAGGAGGCACUCAAGGCUAGUUCAUCUGAGCUCUCUAGAGUUCAAGGCGAGCUAGAGGCUUUGAGAUUAGAAGUAUGCAACAUGGAAGAGAAGCUUGCUUCGAAAGAACAAAUUGUAAACGAAUUGAACAAAGACUUAGACCUGAGCAAAACUUCCGAAGAUCAGGUGAAGAAAGACAUACUAUCUCUUGAGAAGCAAUAUUUCGCAGCCAAAGAAGAACUUCAGACGAAGAUACUGGAGUUAGAAAACUCUGCGUUGAAGAUGGAGGAGGAAGUUCGUGCAAGAGAGAACCUUGAAGCUAAAUUAAAAAGUCAAGAAGAAGAGUUUGCAAAGACAGUGGAUGAACUGGGGAAAUUGUCUAAAGAGAAAAUAUCACUUGACUCUGCUGUUUCUGACCUGACUAAAAAUGCUGAAGAGAUGAAACAACUGUGCAGUGACCUUGAGACCAAGUUGCAGAAAUCAGAUGAGAACUUCUGCAAAUCAGAUGCUCUUCUCUCUCAAUCUCUGGCAAACAUUGCAGAGCUUGAACAAAAGCUUAAAACGGUGGAAGAACUUCACCACGAUUCAGGGAAUGCUGCAACUACUGCAAACCAGAAAAAUCUUGAGCUUGAGGACUUGCUACGAACUUCAAAUGCUGUAGCAGAGGAUGCUAACACACAAUUGUCAGAGUUUAAGUCGCGCUCUAUUGCAUUGGAACAAAGAAAUUUGGAGCUUGAGCAGCAUUUGAAUCUCGUCGAGCUAAGAAGGAAUGAUGCUGAGAGAGAAGUGAAGGAGAUCUCAGAGAAAAGAUCCGAACUAAAUGCAACACUUGAAAAGGUAACAGAAGAAAAGGUACAGAUGAGUGCCCAAAUUCAAGAAUUUCAGGAAAAGUUAGCUCAUGUUGAACAAGAGUUGAAGGUUGCUUUAGACAAAUGUUCUGACUAUGAAGGUAGCAUCAGUAUGGCGAACCAGCGCAGUUGUGAACUAGAAGAUUUGAUGCACAUUUCCCAUUCCAAAGAAGAGGAAACAGGUAAAAAGGUGAGCGAGUUGGAGCUUUUGCUUGAAACAGAGAAGUAUAGGAUCCAAGAGCUUGAAGAACAAAUAAGUGCAUUAGAAAAAAAAUGUGAAGAUGCAGAAACAAAAUCUAAUGAAUACCGUCAAAAAGUAUCUGACCUUGAAGAAGAUCUCUUGGCAUUCCAAAACAAGUCAUUGAGCACUGAAGCUGCACUGCAAUUAGCCACUGAGAAAGAAAAAGAACUGAGUGAAUGCCUGAAUGUGACCACAGAAGAUAAGAGAAACGUAGAAGAUGCCUUCAGACACUCAACGGAAAGACUUGUUGAAUCAGAGAAUCUGCUUCAAGUACUGCGCAAUGAAUUAAAUGCCACUCAACAGCGACUGGAGAGUAUUGAAAAUGAGCUAAAUGCAGCUGGUUUGAGAGAAGGUGAGACCAAGGAAAAGCUCAAGUCUGCUGAGGAGCAGCUAGAAAAACAUGGGAAAGCGCUAGAGGAAGCUAGAACGAGAAGUUUAGAGCUUGAAUCACUACAUGUGACACUCUCUAGAGAUUCCGAGCUGAAACUCCAAGAGGCAGAUGCUAAAUUUACUGGCAAAGACUCAGAGGUGCAAUCACUGUGCGAAAAGAUUAAAAUUCUUGAAGAUCAGGUGAAGGCAUAUGAAGAGAAGAUAAUUGAAUCUACUGAAAAGUUCGAAGCUUUGAAGCAAGAGCUAGAACAGGUUUUCCUAAAACUUUCUUUGUCUGAGAACUCUAAUGAAGACUUCAAAAAGAAAAUUUCAGAAACAGAGGGUAGAUCUGCAGAGGUUCUCUCCGAAAAUGAGAUGUUGACUGAGACGAACUUACAACUGAAGAAAAGAAUUAAUGAUCUUGAAGAACAGUUGAAUUCAACUAGCACAGAGAGGGAUGAUAAUAUACAAAAGCUUGCUUCUCACAUGAACACAAUCACUGAACUAGCAGAUAAGCAUGCAAGAACAUCUGAAAUGCACUUGGCAUCUGAAGCCAGCCUUUCAGAAUCACAAAGAAAACUUGAAGAAGCUAUCCAUAAUUUAGCUCAAAAGGACCUUGAAGCUAAAGAAUUAAUGGAAAAGCUAAACUCUCUUCAAGAUCAAGUCAAAGUAUAUGACGAAAGGUCUCAAGAAGCAUCAUCCUCUGCUGAAACUCUCAGAUUGCAGCUGGAACAGACUCUUACAACUCUGAGAGAUCAAGAAGGAACUGUGGAAGAAAUGAAACACAGAUCUCUUGAUCUUGAAGAUGAGAGAGUACGACUAGUCGGGGAAAAUUCAGAGCUUACUGGAAAAGUAGCAUCACAUGAGGCAAAGGUUAUUGAUUUAGAGACCAAAUUGGAAGCUGCUUUUGUUGAGAAAAAUAAGGCAAUAGAUGAGCUUCAAGCUUCGAAGACACUGAUAGACAAUUUGACACAAGAUUUCAGUUCUGAAAAGCAGAAGCUGCAACAUCAGCUAUCAUCUGCUCUGGAGGAAAGCAAACAGCUUCACGAAAUGUAUGAAAGUUCUAAGAAGGAACUUCAUGGUAAUAUAGCCCACCUCGAAGAACAACUAAAUGAGCAUGCAUCAAGCAAGGAUGCUCUGAGAUCUCAAUUAGAAGUGCUUACUGCUGAUAUCUCUAAAAAGUCUGAGCUUCAGGAUCUUAUGAAGGAGCUUGAAGAACAAUUAACAACUGCAAAAGUUCAACUAAAGGAACAGAAAAGGUUAGAUACUGAGAAGGUGAUGGAGCUAGAGUCUUCUUUAAAGCAGCUGCAAGCUAAGACUAAUGAAGUCUCAUUUCUUGAAAAGAAAGUUAAAGAACUUGAGCAGAAAUUACAGUUAGCUGAUGCUCGCUCAAAAGAAAAGGAUGUUGGAGGGAGCAUUACUACUCAUACGAAGGAAGAUGUGGAGGUGAAAUCUAGAGACAUUGGAUCAAUGGUCUCAUCUCCAUCAAAGCGGAAGGGCAAGAAGAAAUCCGAAGCAUCCAUCGAUACUCGUCAAGUUCAAACCACCAUUGAGCCCGCCUCCCCCUUCACUCUCCAAUUCAUUCUCGGCGUUGCUCUGGUUUCCAUUAUCAUUGGCGUGAUUCUCGGAAAACGAUACUAGAAUCACCUCGUUCCACAUUCCAAGGUGCAUUCCUUGAUCUUCUUUCUUGUCUUUUCUCUCUUAUGUGCUUUUUGCUGGUUGUGGAUUCAUCUCGGAGAACUGGUUUUUUUUCGUUUGCAUUUUUUGUGUUUUAAUUUUCAUCAAUUUCAUGUUCUUUUACGGGGAGUGAUUGACUACUUUACUCGUAGCGUGUUCGUAUGUUCAUAGUUGCGUAUUACAUGGACACUAUGAUCAUAUGAUGCACGGGAACUCUACUCUUUGUAAGUAAUGUUUAUGCACUUCAGAUAUGUGCCAAAAACUCUACAUAACUAUUUAUAUAUUCAAUGUAUAGUGAUUGUGUUACAUUUAGCUUAUGAUUAGUUGAAUU